AUGUCAGUGGUGAAGACUAUCGAGGGAAAGUGCGCAUACCUUCGUUUCCUCGGAGAGUUGAACCAUGAUAUCGAAGACGCGGUUUCUGUCUUCCGCAAAGUAGAUUUCCCAAGAGGUCGUCGUUUGACCAAUACACACACCAUGUCUGGCGCAAAGCAUUGGGAGCAGGACAAAGACAGCACGAUCUAUGUUGGAAACUUGGAUGAGAGAGUGACGGAUGCUCUGGUAUGGGAGCUUUUCCUACAAGCUGGUCGCAUAGUUAACGUUCACCUGCCUAAAGACCGAGUCACUCAAACACACCAAGGUUAUGGCUUCGUCGAGUUCAUAUCCGAAGAAGAUGCUGAAUACGCCGCUCGUAUCAUGUCAGGCAUUCGUAUAUACGGAAAACAGAUCAGAGUGAACAAAGCCAGCGCAGACAAGCAGCGAUCCGUCGAGGUCGGAGCCGAGCUGUUCGUCGGGAAUCUCGACCCAAUGGUUGACGAACGCAUGUUAUACGAUACCUUCAGUCGCUUCGGAACCCUCGUUUCACCGCCUAAAGUUGCUCGAGACGAAUCGAACUUGUCCAAGGGUUAUGGCUUCAUCUCUUUCUCGAAUUUCGAGGCCUCUGAUGAUGCCAUUGCCAAUAUGAAUGGCCAAUAUUUGAUGAAUAAAGAGGUCUCUGUUCAGUAUGCCUACAAGAAAGAUGGUAAAGGUGAACGACAUGGUGAUCAAGCAGAGCGCAUGCUGGCAGCUCAAGCUAAGGCACACGGCGUAGAACCUGCACCUGCCACCAUUCCCACUGGCAUUGCACCUCCUGCAGGCUUUCCUGCUCUGGGAGGCCCUCAAGCAAUGUCGCAGAUGCCAGCUGGGUUUGCGCCACCAAACGGCAAUUACCAGAAUGUACCUCCUCCUGUUCAUGCACGACCUCCACCUCCACCAACUGCUCCUCUGGUUGCUCCUCCUAGUGGCUUGCCUGCUCGACCUCCGCCACAGAACGCAGGCUAUGGUGGUCCACCACAAGGCUAUAUGCCGCCAGGCUUUGGCCCUCCCGCAGGCUUUCAACAAGCUCCGCCACAAUAUGCUCAACCUCCCAUGUUCGCAGCACCACCACCUCCUAUGCCGCAAGGUGUUGGUGGCCCUCCUACUGUGCCUCCCGGGUUCAACUUUGGCGUGAGGAGGUGA